AUGUCGGCGGACGAGUUGCGGCUGGACCUGGAGGAGCUGCUGCGGCUGGAGGGCCUCGCCAAGCGCCCCCGCGUCGUCUCCCUCCUCUCCAACGAGAUCCGCAGCGUCGACGCCAAGCUGGCCUCGCGGGCUGCGCCUGUGCCUGUGCCGACGCCCGCGCCGCAGGCGGUCGCGGUCGCGGCGGCGGCCCCUGCUGGUCUGAGCUAUGUCACGCUGGGGUCAUUCAGCUGGGACCAGGACAAUGAGAAGAUCAGGGUCUACGUAUUCCUUGAGAAUGUCGACCAAGAGAAGGUGGAGACUACUUUCAAGCCAAUGUCAGCGGACAUCAAGUUUCAUGAUGUUAAAGGCAAGAACUAUAGGUGUGCCAUCCCAAAACUGAACAAAGAAAUAGUUCCUGAGAAAUGCAAGGUUGUGGUCAAGCCUACGAAGAUUGUCAUCACCCUGUGGAAAGCUUCUUCCGGCAAUUGGUUGGAUCUACACUACAAGGAAGACAAGUUUAAGCCAAGCAUGGACAAAGAGAAGGAUCCCAUGUCAGGAAUUAUGGAUUUAAUGAAGGGCAUGUAUGAGGAAGGUGAUGAAGAUAUGAAGCGCACAAUAGCCAAAGCGUGGUCUGACGCCAGGUCUGGGAAGACGGCUGAUCCAAUGAAGGGAUUGCCUUGA